AUGUCCAACUAAAAUAAAAUCGAUAUGAAAAUAGCAAACGAAUUCUAAUGUAAUUUCUUCAAUAAAUUAUCAUAUGAAGAAUUGAAAUCUGAUCUUUAAAAAUUUGUAUGUUUUAUCAAAUAAUUUAUUGUAGAUGUAGUUAAUUCAUGAAUAGUAUUAAAAUAGUUAAGACUUCUUUGAAGCUUAUGAUAUGUAUGUAAUUGGAAGAGAAAAAUUGAUACAGAUGAGAGGUGUAAAUAAAGUAAGAACAUUCUUAAAUAUUCUUAUUAGGAGCAAGUUACUGAUUUAAUCAAUCAUCUAGACACCAAUGAAUAAAUAACCUAAUUUUAUGAUUUCUAUAAGGAAUGUAAUAUUUAAGUUUAUAAUAUAUACUUUAGAAUGUUUUCCACUAAGACCUUAAUAAUUGAAAAAUUUGUUAACACACUCAUAGAGAGAAAAAAUAAAAUAAUAAGAAUUUCUAUCUCCUUAAAAUCUUAAUAAUUAGACUAAUAUUGUAUUUUCGGCUGAAGAAACAAAUAUUUAAUAAUUGGAAAAUCAAUAAAUUCUUUAAGAGAUUUAGCUUGUACCUUCUUGUUAAGAACUUUAUAACAUUGUAUUAAAUUAUGAUAAUGACUCAAAAUUGGAUAAAGUAUUAUACUUAUAAAUUUUAGGCUUACUAAACUAUACAAACAAUAGAUAAAACUUAACUUACUGAAGAUCAGACUAUAAAGUUAUCAGUAAUUGAGAGUUCAUAUGAAUUUAUGAUGAAAAAUUUAAUAGAAUUAGAUUCAGGUGGAUGGACAUUAGAUAAAAAAAGUCAUGGAAUUAGUGUUUCUUAUAAAUUCCCACCAAAAUCAUCUACAGUUUCUUUAUUAAUGGAAGCAGAUAUUGAAGCUGAUUGCUCUAAACUUAUGUCAUUGAUUACAGAAGUUGAAUUAUUUUCUGAGUAUGUUCCAUUUUGUAAUUAUGCAACAACAUUAAAAACACUCUCAAAGACAUAAAAGGUUUGUUCUAGUCAACUUUAUUUUCCUGUUAUUUCUAAUAGAGAAACUAUAUUUUUAGGUUAAGGUAUUGAUAGAUUAGAUGAAAAUGGAACUAUUCUCUUUUUAUGUAAAUCUAUUGAUUAGGAUCAAUAAUUUUUAGAUUAUUAUAAUAUAUAACUUUAGAAAUCAAAAAAUGUAAGAUUGCAAUUAAAUUACUACAUUUUUUAAAUUACUCCAAUCAAUAAGGCUAGAUGUAAGAUUAAGGCUGUUAAUAACUGUAAUCCAUAAUUGUCUUUUGUCCCAACUUGGUUAGUAGCAUUAAUUGCUAGAAAAGUAUUUAUUAAAUAUUAACAAGUUUGCAUUUUAACUAAUAGAGAAAAUUGUAAAAUAUACUAAAAAUUUUGAGAAAUAUCCUUGGUAUAAGAAGACUUAGGAAAAUCCUGAAUUUUAUUCUUGGCUUUAAAAUAAAAUUGAUAAUUAUUUUGCUUGA